GGUAGUAGCAAACUUCAGAUAUAUAAGGCAAUAAGCACUAAAACAAAUGGCAUUAGCAUUUAUCAAAGCCAUAUAUAAUGUGUUGCAGGCCUAUUGGGUUUCUGUUAGGCCUACCUUUUGCCUUCGCUUCUCUUCUAAUCUCCCUUGUGGGUAUCAUUGUUUGGAUCGUUGGGUUGACUUUGACAUGCAUAUGUCCAUGUUGCCUUUGUGUGACCCUCAUAGUUGAGAUUGGUCUGGCUUUGAUCAAGGUUCCAUUUUCAGUCAUGGAGUGGUUCACCUCUAAGAUUCCAUGUUAGAGAUAUUAGUAUCAUAUGAAGUCUUUGAAGUAGUGAUGAAUAUGAUAGCAAUCCACCGUAGUGAUGGAGUGGUUCACCUCUAAGUUUUUUGUUGUCUUUCUUUGGCAAGAACUAAAGAAAAUUAUUUGUAUUUAAAGACUACAAUAUUGUGUCCAUUCACUUGUCUAUUUUUCAGCAUGCAACUAUAUCACACAAAUAAUUAUUAAUUUUC